AUGCAGAGUGCGCGCACGCGGGACUUGGCGGCGGAGGUGGCAUUGAUACGGAAGGAACUGCGACCGCUGCCGGAGAGCGCGCUGGACGGGACGGAUGAUGGCGCCGAGGACGAUGGCGGCGGUGCGUUGCUGCACGGGACGGGCACGAGGUUUGAGAUCCUCAUGCGGGGUGCGAAGAGGCGCACAGCUGCCCAGUCGGCCGGCACGAGUGACGCUGUCGAUCGCCACAACGGUUCCUCCUCGCAGAGCAAAAAAAGGCUCGUGCCGCAGAUUUUUUCUCACCUGCUUGUGUGUGACUUUGAGGCGACCUGCGACAGCGCGAGCGUGGCCUAUCCCCAUGAGAUUAUUGAGUUUCCGGUGGUUUGCGUGGACACGGCGGAGCUGCGUGUUGUGGCGGAAUUUCACUCAUACGUGCGGCCAACGAAAAACCCCCGCUUGACGUCAUUUUGCACCGCUCUGACAGGGAUCACACAGGCCCAAGUGGAUGCAGCUCCACGACUGCCGGAAGUACUGCGGCAUUUUGACCUUUGGCUGCGGGAGGUGGUGUACCCGCUCUGCCGCCGCUGGAGGAAGGAGCAUCUGGAAGGGCUGAACAAAUGUCUGAAGGCGUCGCAGAAGAGGCGUUUUGUGUACGACGAGACCCAUAACCCGGGCUGGAUUGACUGCGAGAGGAUGAUAUGCAUGGUAACAGACGGCCCAUGGGAUAUGCGGAAAUUUAUGUACGAGUGCAGUGUGGUGCGGGAUGGACAUUUGUUCCCUCCCCUCUUCUACCGCUGGGUGAAUGUGCGUCACAGUUUUGCCGAGCACUUCCGAAUGCGCCCACGCAAACUGAAUGAUAUGCUACGGAAGUUGGGGCUGUCCUUUCACGGCCAUCCACACAGCGGCAUCGAUGAUUCCCGCAAUAUCGCCCGUAUUGUCAUAGAGCUUCUGAAACGAGGCUAUCGUGUGCAUCAUGUUAGCACAAUCAAUUACGAAAACGCCGCUGCCGCAACGGCUGUGGCGCAGCUGCUGGGAGAAUCGGACGAGGACGGCACGAAGCCACCGCAUCAGAGGGCUGAAGGGAGGAAGAAGGGCCGAAAAAACCCAACCACCACCACUGCCGCUCGAAGGCGGGGUGAAAAAGGGCAUCAGGCACAAUGA